CUCCUUGCCCUCCUGAAGUGCAACGAUGAAGGCUCUUUGGCUGCUGCCCUUGCUCACCGGUCUCCUCGCCACAGGAGAAGGCCUGGUCUAUGGGCGCUGUGCGCUGGCUCAGAGGCUCCAGCAGCUGGGCUUAGAUGGUUAUGCUGGCUACAGCCUGGCCAACUGGGUCUGCACGGCCUGCCACGAGAGCAGCUAUAAUACUGCUGCCACGCACUACAAUGACUACGAUGGCAGCACUGACUUUGGUAUCUUCCAGAUCAACAGUCGUUACUGGUGCCAGGAUGGCAGUCAGCCGAGUUCCAACAUGUGCAGAAUUCAAUGCUCUGAACUGCUGACAGACAACGUCGCUCCAGAUGUGGCUUGUGCUAAGAUUGUGGUCGACAACUCAGAGGAUGGAAUGGGUGCCUGGGUGGCAUGGAGAUUAUAUUGUCAAGGGCGGGACCUGUCUCAAUAUGUUGCAGGAUGCAAUGUGUAGAGAAACACUGCCCCCUGGUGUCAGCAGGGAUGCUAAUAAACCAAGUCCACACUCAUUAUUAGGGUUAUUAUCUGGCAAGAAACAGCUCUGCUGAGUUCCAGGAAUAAAUGCAUUAAAACACAGUUGAGACCUGUCUUUACACUGGAGGGGGUGCACCUUGGGAGGAGCUGCUACAAGGAUGCCCUAGGCAGGUGAACUCCUGGGUUAUUCGUGCAGGUUGCAGAAAGGUGGUAGGAACUAUUAGAAGAUGACCUGCUCAUGGAGCCAUUGUUAUUGUUGCUGUUCUUGUUUACAUUUCUGGCUUGCCUUCCACCAGCAAGUCCCACAGCAGCUUAUAACAAUUUAAAACUCAGUCACAGGAAUAGGGGGGGCCCCGAGAAGACACAUCCCAGUGCCAAAGGUCAGGGUAGAGAAGUGUGUGUCUUCAGCACUCGCUGAAUAUAUACAUAAAUAUAGGAUAGGGGACACCUGGAUUACUAGCAGUACAUGUGAAAAGGAUUUGGGGUCUUGGUGGACCACAAGUUU